AUGGCCUGCACAAUCAACAAAGUUAAGCAUCUGUUCUGGUACAUGGUGCUAGCAACGGUCGUCGUCGCUUCGCAGUAUGCACCGGCAAACGCGCGAGAAAAACGACAAUCAAGGCUAAGCUCAUCUAUAACGGAGAAAAGUUACGGCGGUGACGAAGAAAGAGUGACUCCUUUUGAAUUAAAUUUUGGGCCUACGCUCGAAAAUACGUUUGAAACAUCGACAAGUGGCGCUACAGUUGACAAGAUCCUUGAAUCAAGCCUUUGGCCUCCGUCCGAAAAUACGAUCGAAGCAUCAUUGGCAACUGGUAAUGGGGCUGACAAGAAAGCGAAAAAGUUGCCUAAGAGUGCCGCAUUGGCAACUGGCGAUGAAGUUGAAGCGAACGAGAAAAUUUUGGGCGAGGGCGCCAGCAUUAUAGCAGCCGCAAAGAAAUGCAAAGGUACAGAAAAUACUGCCACGAUUUUGGAGAAUUCUCUGGUGCUGAAGUGGAGUGAUGAAAUGAUAGUUCGCUUGGAGACAAAUUUACUAGCUGGCAAGAAGGAUGUAUGCCAAAUAUUGACGGAAGUGAAGGAGGGGAACCAAGAAAGUGGGUUUGGAUUCCCAAUUCCGCUGUUGUUUGAUAAGUUAUCGAAGCACUUUACAAAACGAGAGCUAGCAGACGAGCUAGUUCUGGCGCAAGACAAGGAGAGUGUCAAGGAGAGUGUGAAGGAAACGGCAAAAAUGUUGGCAGAUUAUCAAAUGAUGAAGUGGAAACAUAAGAAUAACUUGAGUGGUAAAGAUGUCUUCAGACUUCUUGGGUUAAAUACAGCAGGCAUCGACAGUCCACUAUAUGAAACGUUUAUAUCGUAUGUGGUAAUGCUAGCCGGCAACAAAACUUCUUAUCUUUUCAAGAUUCCGAAAUCACUUUUAGUGCUGAGGGAUGAAUUUACCGACCAACAACUAAGUAAGCUGUUCGAGGCUGCCAAAACUGGCCCAGGAAUUACCCUGCCGACAAAGGGUCAACGCAACGACGGUGAAGCGCCAGUGCCGACAAAGGGUCAACGCAACGACGGUGAAGCGCCAGUGCCGACAAAGGGCCAACGAAACGACGAUGAUCAGUAG